AUGGUAUUAAACCGUUUAAAUUUUACCUACGAAUAUGUUUACAACUUGAUUGAACAAGGAGUUAUCGAAGAUAUUAAUACAGUGGUUCCAGUCAUGGGUGGUUUAAAGCUGCUUUAUGUAGCUACUUUCAAUAAUGACAAAAAAUUGGUGGAUUAUCUGCUCCGCAAGAAAGCUGGUGUACAUUCAAAAAGUCAAUAUUGGGGUACACCUCUUCAUACUGCUGUUAUAAUGGAGUACAUUCCUAUAACUGAAAGUCUAAUAAACUAUGGAGCAGACGUUAAUGCUGAACUACUUUUGUCCUCUUCUGUGAACCAUUUCCGGAAAGCAGUUAUAGUAAAUAAUCACAAAAUUCCACAGUUUUUAUUGAAAAGAGAUGACGAUCUGAGUACGAUUUUAAGUCAGUAUCAAUUUUGUUCUGUCAAAAGACCAUUAAAAAUCGCUAUUGAACGAAGUAAAGAAGAAAUGGUACAGCUACUUUUAAAAAGUAAUGCUGAUCCGAAUCUUAAUUCUUAUUUUGUCGGAACAUCGCUAUGUAGUGCCAUUUCUCAAAAAAACUUAACAAUUAUAAAGCUUCUUCUCGCAUACGGUGCAGAUGUUAAUGGUGUAAUUGGUAGUGGUAUUGGACUAGUAAGUCCUCUACCUUAUGCUGCCGAAUGCCAAAACUCAAGAGCAGUAGAAUUGAUAUUAAAUGAUAUUAUGGUUGACGUAAAUAUGUUGAUAGGGAUUGAAAAUUCAGCGCUUCAUUGCGCAGUUUAA